AUGUCUUCUCUCCUGGAUAUGUCCGAGUUUGGGGAGGCCGCUGACUACUUGAGGAAAAGUGCCAAUGAACUUAUGAAGAUUCAGACCAUCCCUUUCGAUGGUAAGAAGAAAGCCUGGAUACCAGAUGAGAAGGAAGCUUAUAUUGAAGUGGAAAUAAAGGAUUCUUCAGGUGGAAAAAUCACUGUGGAAACUAAAGACAAGAGGACUCUCACUGUGAAGGAAGAUGAUAUUCAGCAGAUGAACCCUCCAAAAUUCGACAUGAUUGAAGACAUGGCAAUGUUGACCCACUUAAAUGAGGCCUCUGUCUUGUCCAACCUGAGGCGUCGCUAUGCUAACUGGAUGAUCUAUACCUACUCCGGGUUGUUCUGUGUCACUGUGAACCCAUACAAGUGGCUUCCUGUGUACACAUCCACCGUAGUCGCCGCUUACAGAGGCAAGAGACGCUCAGAGGCUCCACCCCAUAUCUACGCCAUCGCUGACAACGCAUACAACGACAUGGUGCGAAAUCGUGAAAACCAGUCUAUGCUGAUCACUGGAGAAUCCGGUGCAGGCAAAACUGUUAAUACGAAACGUGUAAUUCAGUACUUUGCCAUUGUGGCAGCCCUUGGUGAAGGGAUCGGGAAGAAGAGUAUAAUAUAUUUAUUGGAUAUUCAGGGCACCCUAGAAGACCAAAUUAUUGAAGCUAAUCCAGCGAUGGAAGCCUUUGGCAAUGCCAAGACACUGAGAAAUGAUAAUUCCUCCCGAUUUGGGAAGUUUAUUCGAAUCCAUUUUGGACCUACCGGAAAACUGGCUUCUGCUGACAUUGACAUCUACCUUCUGGAAAAAUCAAGAGUAAUUUUCCAGCAGCCCGGAGAAAGAAGCUAUCAUAUUUAUUAUCAGAUUCUGUCUGGGAAAAAGCCAGAGCUUCAAGAUAUGCUGCUACUCUCUACCAACCCGUACGACUAUCACUUCUGUUCACAAGGUGUAACAACUGUGGACAACCUCGACGAUGGGGAAGAGCUUAUGGGAACUGAUCAUGCCAUGGAUAUCCUGGGUUUCAGCCCAGAGGAGAGGACUGGCAGCUAUAAAAUAGUUGGUGCCGUCAUGCAUUUUGGAAACAUGAAGUUCAAGCAGAAGCAAAGGGAGGAGCAGGCUGAAGCCGAUGGCACUGAAAAUGCCGACAAGGUAGCCUAUCUAAUGGGAAUCAGCUCAGCUGAUCUCAUUAAAGGUUUGCUCCAUCCCAGAGUGAAGGUUGGGAAUGAAUAUGUGACCAAAGGCCAGAAUGUGGAGCAGGUGAUAUAUGCAGUUGGUGCCUUGGCAAAAGCUACUUAUGAUCGAAUGUUCAAAUGGCUUGUUAGCCGAAUUAACAGGACGCUGGAUACCAAACUGGCCAGGCAGUUCUUCAUCGGAGUACUGGAUAUCGCUGGGUUUGAAAUAUUUGAGUAUAACAGCUUUGAGCAGCUCUGCAUCAACUUCACCAAUGAAAAACUGCAACAGUUUUUCAACCACCAUAUGUUCGUGCUGGAGCAGGAAGAGUACAAGAAGGAAGGAAUUGAAUGGGUCUUCAUUGACUUUGGCCUAGACUUACAGGCUUGCAUUGACCUCAUCGAGAAGCCACUGGGAAUCCUUUCCAUUCUGGAAGAAGAGUGCAUGUUCCCUAAAGCAUCAGACAUGACCUUUAAAGCCAAGCUUUAUGACAACCACUUGGGGAAAUCUCCCAACUUCCAAAGGCCAAAAGUAGACAAGAAACGCAGAUACGAGCCUCACUUUGAGCUGGUCCAUUAUGCCGGGGUGGUGCCCUAUAACAUCAUGGGAUGGCUAGACAAAAAUAAGGAUCCUUUAAAUGAAACCGUGGUAGGAGUAUUCCAGAAGGCCUCCAACAAGCUACUGGCCAGCUUGUAUGAGAAUUAUAUCAGCUCCUACUCAGUAGACGAGCAUAAGACGGGAGUGAAGGAAAAACGCAAGAAGGCGGCUUCAUUCCAGACCGUGUCUCAGCUUCACAAGGAAAAUCUUAAUAAACUGAUGACCAAUCUGCGGUCCACUCAGCCUCAUUUUGUCAGAUGUAUCAUCCCUAAUGAGAGCAAAACUCCAGGUGUCAUGGAUCCAUUCAUGGUCCUUCACCAGCUGAGGUGUAAUGGUGUCCUUGAGGGUAUUAGAAUUUGCCGUAAGGGAUAUCCCAACAGGCUGCUGUAUGCAGAGUUUAAGCAGAGGUAUCGGAUCCUCAACCCCAGUGCUAUCCCAGAUGACAAAUUUGUAGACAGCAGAAAAGCCACAGAAAAACUACUGGGAUCCCUUGACAUUGACCAUACCCAGUACAAGUUUGGACACACAAAGGUCUUCUUCAAAGCUGGUCUGCUUGGUCAGCUGGAAGAGAUGCGAGAUGAGCGUCUGGCCAAGAUCAUCACCAUGUUGCAAGCCAGAAGCCGGGGUAGACUCAUGAGGAUUGAGUACCACAAGAUCAUUGCCAGAAGGGAUUCAUUGUUGGUAAUCCAGUGGAACAUAAGAGCUUUCAAUGCUGUCAAGAACUGGUCAUGGAUGAAACUGUUUUUCAAGAUUAAACCACUACUGAAAUCAGCCCAAACAGAGAAGGAAAUGGCCAAUAUGAAGGAGGAAUUCCUGAAGCUAAAAGAAGCUCUGGAGAAGUCUGAAGCUAAGAGGAAAGAGCUGGAAGAGAGACAGGUUACUCUGAUCCAAGAGAAGAAUGACCUGGGUCUGCAACUCCAAGCCGAGCAAGACAAUCUUGCAGAUGCAGAAGAGCGAUGCGACCUGCUGAUCAAGACUAAAAUCCAGCUGGAGGCCAAAGUGAAAGAGCUGAGUGAGAGAGUGGAAGACGAAGAAGAGAUGAACUCUGACUUGACUUCCAAGAAACGAAAACUGGAAGAUGAGUGUGCCGAACUAAAGAAGGACAUUGAUGACUUGGAAAUUACACUGGCCAAAGUAGAGAAGGAGAAACACGCCACAGAAAAUAAGGUGAAGAACCUUGUUGAAGAGAUGGCGGCAUUGGAUGAGAUAAUCGCCAAGCUGACAAAAGAGAAAAAAGCUCUGCAGGAAGCCCAUCAACAAGCUCUAGAUGACUUGCAGGGAGAAGAAGACAAAGUCAACACUCUCACCAAGGCCAAAGCUAAGCUAGAGCAACAAGUAGAUGAUCUGGAAGGAUCCCUAGAACAAGAGAAGAAACUCCGUAUGGAUCUAGAACGUGCAAAGCGAAAGCUAGAGGGAGAUCUGAAGCUCACCCAGGAGUCUGUGAUGGACCUGGAAAAUGAUAAGCAGCAGCUGGAGGAGAAAUUGAAGAAGAAAGAUUUUGAGAUAAGCCAGCUAAAUUCUAGAAUUGAAGAUGAACAAAUGAUGUGUACCCAGUUGCAGAAGAAAAUCAAAGAACUACAGGCCCGCAUAGAGGAGCUGGAAGAGGAGCUGGAAGCCGAGAGGGCCACCAGAGCGAAGGUAGAGAAGCAACGAGCCGAGGUGGCCAAAGAGCUGGAAGAACUGAGUGAGCGGCUGGAGGAAGCUGGUGGGGCCACCUCGGUGCAGAUCGAGAUGAACAAAAAACGAGAGGCUGAAUUCCUGAAGAUGCGCAGAGACCUGGAGGAAGCCACACUGCACCAUGAAGCCACCGCGGCUGGCCUGCGGAAGAAACACGCGGACACCGUGGCCGAGCUGGGCGAGCAGAUUGACAGCCUACAGAGGGUGAAACAGAAGCUUGAGAAGGAAAAAAGUGAGAUGAGAAUGGAGCUGGAUGACUUGUCUUCAAACAUUGAGCAGCUCAUCAAAAAUAAGGGCACUGCUGAGAAGUUGUGUCGGACAUAUGAGGAUCAGCUGAGCGAGGCCAAAAGUAAGGUGGAUGAACUUCAGCGCCAGUUAGGUGAUAUUUCCCUGCACAGAGCCAGGCUGCAAACUGAGAAUGGAGAGCUAUCUCGAUUGCUGGAGGAGAAGGAAUCCCUUGUCAACCAACUGAGCAGAGGUAAAGCUUCCUUCACUCAGAGCAUUGAAGAACUGAAGCGGCAGCUAGAAGAGGAGACAAAGUCUAAAAAUGCUUUAGCACAUGCAUUACAAGCUUCCCGCCAUGACUGUGAUCUCAUGCGAGAACAGUAUGAAGAAGAACAGGAAGCCAAAGCUGAACUACAGAGGUCUCUAUCGAAAGCAAAUGCAGAGGUAGCGCAGUGGAGGAACAAGUAUGAAACAGAUGCCAUUCAGAGGACAGAAGAACUGGAAGAUGCCAAGAAGAAGCUUGCAGCACGGCUACAGGAUGCGGAGGAGGCAGUAGAGUCUGCUAAUGCCAAGUGUUCCUCACUGGAGAAGACCAAGCAUCGACUUCAGACUGAGAUUGAAGACCUGGUCAUUGAUCUGGAACGUGCCAACUCUGCUGCUGCAGCCCUAGACAAGAAGCAGAGGAACUUUGACCGGAUCCUUUCGGAGUGGAAGCAGAAAUAUGAGGAGACGCAGGCCGAGCUCGAGGCUUCACAGAAGGAGUCUCGUAGCCUGAGCACUGAGCUCUUCAAGCUGAAGAACGCCUACGAGGAGUCUCUGGACAAUCUGGAGACCAUGAAGCGCGAGAACAAAAACCUACAAGAGGAAAUUGCUGAUCUCACUGAUCAAAUCAGUGCCAGCGGUAAAAUGAUCCAUGAACUAGAAAAGGUAAAGAAGGCCCUUGAAAGUGAGAAGAGCGACAUCCAGGCAGCUCUAGAGGAGGCAGAGGGGGCCCUUGAACACGAGGAAAGUAAAACCCUAAGAAUACAGCUAGAGCUCUCACAGAUUAAGGCAGAUGUGGACAGAAAGCUAGCAGAAAAAGAUGAAGAAAUUGAAAACCUCAGACGUAACCACCAGCGUGCCAUGGAGUCCAUGCAGGCAAGUCUGGAUGCUGAGGCUAAAGCCAGGAAUGAGGCCAUCCGGCUCAAAAAGAAGAUGGAAGGUGAUCUAAACGAGAUGGAGAUCCAGCUUAAUCAUGCCAAUAGACAGGCUGCAGAGUCUCAAAAAAUGGUCCGUCACCUGCAAUCCCAGAUGAAGGACUUGCAGAUUGAACUGGAUGACACUCUCCGACACAACGAUGAUCUAAAAGAACAAGCUGCGGCCCUCGAGAGACGUAAUAACUUGUUACUGGCUGAGGUGGAGGAACUGCGGGCAGCACUGGAGCAAGCUGAGAGAGGAAGGAAACUGGCAGAGCAAGAACUACUAGAAGCCACUGAAAGGGUCAACCUUCUACACUCUCAGAAUACUGGACUUAUUAACCAGAAGAAGAAACUGGACGCUGACAUCUCUCAGUUAAGCACUGAAGUGGAAGAAGCUGUCCAGGAAUGUCGGAAUGCAGAAGAAAAGGCCAAGAAAGCCAUUACUGAUGCAGCCAUGAUGGCAGAGGAGCUGAAGAAGGAGCAGGACACCAGUGCCCACCUAGAGAGAAUGAAGAAGAACAUGGAGCAAACAAUCAAAGACCUGCAAAUGCGCCUUGAUGAAGCCGAACAAAUUGCUUUGAAAGGUGGGAAGAAACAGAUCCAAAAGCUGGAAGCAAAGGUCAGAGAGCUGGAAGGGGAGCUGGAGAUUGAGCAGAAAAAAAAAACGCUGAAACUCAGAAAGGGAUUCGAAAGUAUGAGCGGAGGAUAAAGGAACUCACCUAUCAGACUGAAGAAGACCGGAAGAAUUUGGCACGGAUGCAGGACCUGAUAGACAAACUCCAGAUGAAAGUCAAGAGCUACAAGCGCCAGUCAGAGGAGGCUGAGACUCAGGCCAACUCCAGCCUUGUAAAGUACCGGAAGGUCCAACAUGAGCUUGAUGAUGCAGAAGAGCGUGCCGAUGUCGCAGAGGCGCAAGUCAAUAAACUGCGAUGCGCGGACUAGAGAAGUAGGUUCUACCAAGGUGAUAACAGGGUGA